AUGCAGAAAAGGUACCUUCUCGAUACGAUGAAAAAUCUUUUCAUUACAUUCAAGAAAGAGAAUCCUAACGAGAGUUGCUCAUACUCUUACUUCACCAAGCAAAGACCGUUCUACGUAAAACCACCAGUCGUUGAUGGCAGAGAUACCUGUCAGUGUAAGAUGCAUACUAAUACCCAAUACAUGCUAAAUGCUCUUUACAGCAACAAAAUCAUAUCAGAGUCAAACAUGUCCCAGGUUAUUGAGAAGACUGUGUGUGCAACUGAUAACCGACUUUGCAUGCAGGGUGAUUGCGCCUCCUGCAAUACUAAGGAAAUAAUAUACAACACGCAAAAUAAGUCACGAAUGUUAAAAUGGCAAGAAUGGGUUCGGCGAUCCGAGAUUAUCAAUGACAAAUCCGGCAAAGGCAGAUUGAAAGUUACGAAAAACGUAAAAGAAAUUACCGAAGGCACUGUCGAAGAAUUGAUAGAAAAGUUUAGAGUGGCAAUUAUAGCGUUGAAAAAACAUAUAUUUAAUAUUAAAAUGCAAUACAGAAGUUACCGAAUUGCUAUUGAUGAACUGAAAAAUGAUGAAGCUCUCCUACAUAUUGAUUUCAGCGAGAAUUACAAUGGAAAAUACUAUGAGGAAAUCCAGCCUCAUCAUUUCGGGGGAUCACGGAAGCAAAUUACGUUGCAUACCGGCGUUUUGUACAUAAAACCACAAGGAGCGGACAAGGCACAGGAUUUUCUCGCUCCCCGCUCGGAUCCGGGCACCUCAUUUGUGUCCGACUGA